AUGUCAAGCACUAAUACAAGUUUUGCUUCACUUACAACGUCUUUUACUACAUCUACAUCAGAAUUUAUCUGUUCAACUUGUCAAAAAAGAUUUAAGAAACAAAGUGGGCUUUCACGGCAUUUGAAUAUUGUGAAAAAAUAUAAUAUUCCGCGUAAUGACUUGGAUAAUUUGUCAGAAACAAACAAUGAAAAGUUUAGAAGUAUUCUAGUUUACUUAAUUAACCGCAAACUUCCACAUGGAUUUAAAAAAGGAGGUCGUCAAUUAGUGUCUCUUGCCUGUACCGAACAUCAGUUUUUUAAUAUUUUUAAAGGACAUAUUUAUCAUCAUCAUAGUAAUAGAAAUGUCUACAAGUGUGUUUUCCAAGGAUCUUCUGGAUAUCAAAUAUUAAGUGAAAUCUUGAAUAAUCCAUUAUGGGGUCAAAAAUUUUAUGACAAUGAACAACAAACUUAUGUUGUUUUAUUUAGUGAUCCACUUCAGCAUUUAAAAAAUAACCUAUUAGCCAUUGCAACUCGUUGUAUUACUGAAGGUGUAAACACUAAAAGGCGCAAAUCUAAUUAUAAUCCUGGAGAAGUUGUUGUUGAAUGGAAAAUUAAGGGUGAAAGAGAUGCAAAGGAGAAUUAUUGUGAAGCAGGGUUUAUAUAUAUACGUUUUUGGGUGAAACAAAUUUAAAACUUUAUUGUAAUAGAAAAA